GCAGGGGAGAGGUCCGGGGAGGAGAGAUCUAUCUGGUUGUCAUCAGCGUACAAGUGGUAGUAAAUCCAAAAGAGGUAAGAAGUUUGCCUAGAAAGGCAGUAUAAAGUUCAUACAUUUGGAUGGAUAUUCUUUACUCAUUUUUAGGGACAGACAGUUUGCCAAAAUCUUUUACUCUACAUUUAAAUCUUCACAAACCUACUGCACAAAUUUCUAUUCAUUUCCUUCCACCUAGAGAUUGCCCCUGCACCUGACCUUGCUCUGUAAUAAAGCCCAAAAUUUUUACCAUCACUAACCACCCUCCUUUAUCACCUGGUCCUUCGGCUGUUUCUAAUCUGAACUAUUUAAUGACCUCAGAAGAUACAGUAUUAGCAUACAUUCCCUCAUCUGUCUAUUACUUCUAAACAACCUCUGCUACCUAUUGUAUCAACUCCCCUUUAUUACCUAUAGAUUGUAAACUCACUUUUUUCUCAUAUUAACUCACUGUUCCCUCUGUUCCUUUUGUGUCAGUAAGUGUUCAUUAUUUAUCUGAAUUCCCUCUUUUGUCCAGCAUUGCUAUAUAAAUACCAAAUAAUAAUCCUAUUUAGUCCUGCUUCCUCUGAACUGCAAUAUGUCUUUAUUUAAUUUGUGAAUAUGAACAAUGUUCCAACUCAGCUAGUUUUUAACCCCUUAAGGACCAAACUUCUGGAAUAAAAGGGAAUCAUGACAUGUCACACGUCAUGUGUCCUUAAGGGGUUAAACCUUGUUUGUGUUGGAUUAAAUCUUGCCACCUGCUUGCCAGUUCCCCAGUUUUCUGUAUAGUGAAUCGUUUAGAGGAGGCUGUAACCAGAGCUAAGGGGUGUGUGUCUCAGCAGUCUUUGUUUUCUUUCAGCAUUUCGAAACCCGAGCAAUCUCUCUCAAAAUACAAAGUGGCAUUCUGGAACUCAGCGGCUAGACAUCAUGAUUCUGAGCUCUUGUUUCUGGGAAGUAGAAAUAAUUGCCUGCGUUGUCUGCUUACUUCUUCUCAUCCCGAUAUACCAUCGAUUCACAAGCAGACAUGUUGUCUUGGAUCCAGAAGGACGAGCUGUGCUUAUUACUGGCUGUGAUUCGGGGUUUGGGAACAUGCUGGCUCACAGACUAUUGAAAAUGGGCUUUACAGUUUUUGCAACCUGUCUGUAUCCUGAAGGCGAAGGAGCUCAGUCAUUGAUUAAUGGUUACCCCUCAGACAGAGUAAAAGUUGUGCGACUUGAUGUGAGCAGCGAUAAGGAAAUGGAUAAUGUCAAACAGUAUGUGUUAAACAACCUGCCUGAAAAAGGUAACUUUUAAAUAGUACUCAUUUAACACAAACUAUUGUGCCGUGCAGGUGCACUUGAGGGAAGUGCAGGUAAACUCUUACAAGGUUGCUCAUUAAACCCUGGUUUGAAUCGGAAACCAAAUUGCAACAUUUAAGCAAAAUGUGCUGAUUUGUAUUUUAUUUUCCAGAUCAGCUGUAGUCGCAGAUUUAGCAUACGAUUUAUACCAUUUUGGUGAAUAAAACCUUUUAGGUCAUCACUUGCCACUGUGUUUCAACUAUCUGGGACUCAGACUGUUUAAAUUCUUGAUUUUUCUGCAGCAUUCUAAUAGUUAAAUAGACACUAUAGGCACCCAGAUCCCAUAAUUUUUAUUGAAGAGGUGUGGGUGCCAUGUUUUAACACUGCAGCUGAAAACAUUGCCAUUCUGCAGGACAGCCACUAGAGGCACUUUCAAAGAAACCACAGAAUAAAACUAUGCUAUGUCUACCAGAUGGUCUCAGAAAGACCAUCAGAUUGGUACAGUGUGGCGUUCUGCUGCGCAUGCGCAUCAGCCUCUGAAUGCUUUCUUAUGGAAAAUCAUUGGAUUGGCUUUGAUCUAUUUCGAUGCUGUUGAUUAAGGAGAUGUAGCCAGCCACAGAGACCUGUACGGCGCGGCAAAAAAGUAAGUCAAACUAUUUUAUUUUUAAAUUUAUUAUUUAUUUUUAUUGUCGGGGUUGGAGACCUAAACAGCCAUCAGGAACGAUGGCGUUAGGAAUACACAUUUGUAUUCCUAACGCUAUAGUGUCUUUUAGUUAUGAAACAAUCUGAUACUCACAGGGUUAUUUACUAAGGUGAGAAUUCCAAGUAACUUUUUUUUUUUAAAUAGAAUAGCUGAAAUUAAAGCAUAGCCGACAUUGAAAUAAUUAAUAGUUACGUCCAUAAAGCUGUAUGUGUUCCAGCCAUAACAUCAUUAAGGUCUUAUUGGGUUAUUCACUAAACCAAGAAUUGAGAGGCCUGACUUGAGAAUUCUACUUUUUAGGACAAAACUAAAAUUGGGAAAAUUCUCUAAUUCAUUAUUUAUCUCCUUUAUUUUGACUCUGAAAUUUCUCAGUCAAUCCUCUGUAAUUGCUGACUUAGUGAGUAACUUUGAAUUUAUUCAAGGCUGUGCCAAGGUAGCUGUGCCAAUAAUAUAAAUGCAAACAAAGUGAUUAUGAUAUUUCUCUGCUGUUUCUGGAAAUGACAUGUUCAGUCAGGAUCUGUGGAAUAGUUACGUGGAGGUAGUGUCUAUCACUGUUGCAGAUCCAGACAUUCCAAGUGACUAAUAAUGCUGAUCAACGCCAUUUUUUUAAAUUAUUUUUAUUUUGACUAGCAUAUCCUAGAGCUAAUAGUUAGGUAUUAAUUACCUUCUCUAACCAACCUUUCCGUUAACACUGUAAUUAUUAGUUCCCCUUUUAACAAGAUGGCAUCAUAUUAAGUUUGAUCAUUUAUGACUAUGACUUUCGUAUAUAAAGAAUUAUUAUAUUUCACGUUACACAAGCAACAGAAGGAGUUCUAUAACUAGAGGACAAGAUGUAGAAUGUUUUUAACCCCUUAAGGACUCAUGACAGAAAUAUUCCGUCAUGAUUCCCUUUUAUUCCAGAAGUUGUGCCCUUCAGGGGAGUCUAUGGGUAAAGUUUGGGCCGUGAAUUCCAGUGGACCCUUUGAUUAUCUGUGUUACAUUCCAAAUUAAAUUACUGAAGUCCCAACGCAGGAUUGCUUCCUCCCAUAGAGUGACAGUAAAUAGCAGACUCAACCAAACUUGACUAACUACUUCAAACUCUGAAUUCCGUCAAAGACUAAUAAAUAUUGCACUGUGGACAUAAUAGGCAGCCCAUUCUGUAAAGGCAUGCAACAUGGGUUUUAUCUAUUUUUCCUUGUAUGUCCGUCCCUAUUCACACUGCCUUCUCACCGAUACAAAAAUAUUUAUCUCUCAUAAACAUAUAAACAGAAAACAUUCUCUCUAGCUGCAUGGAUCAUGGAAGCAUGUCAUCAACACAGACUUUAACAAAAGACAAAAUAGAUGUAAUCUUCGUACAGUGAACCACACGUAUACACGAACACCAUUCACGCACAGCUACACAAAUAACUUUACAAGCUAUUUAUAAUAUACUUAAUAGCACAUGUAUAGUUUUGUACUAAAUUAAAGCACACCUAAUUUUUUAUACAUGUGAUAUAUAUUACGGCUCUUUCCUUAGGCGUGCUCAAGGUAGAGAGUUUUGAAUUUGAAUUCCAGAGAGAGCGAGAUUACAACAUGGAAUUUACAAUCACUUUUUCCUGUUCAUCUGGUACAUAAGGAGCAUAAAUAUAAAAUUUAUAUUUGUAGGUACUGGAUUAUCACUAAGCAAAAAGUAAUUAUUUAACCUCCAUUUUUUUUAAUUUAAAAUAAAAAAAAAAUCUAUCAGCAUUAAAAUAUUUUUAUUUUUUUUGUUGCUUUAAUGAAACUGACGAUCAAUGCAUGCUUUCCAAUCCAUAUCCUAACAAAAUGUGUUUAUGAGAGGUGUACUGAGCAGAGAGACUGACCACAACGUGUCAAGCACAAACAAACAAUGGUCAUGCGUACACUGUGCUGGUGUCUGACCUGCCAGGAAAUAUUGUCAAAAUCACCUGACUUUAAGAAUUAAACUGGUGUGAAAUUGUGAUUACCAAGUAUCUUUUUAUUCCGGUGAUGUUCAAACAUAUUUGGUUGUAAUUAUUUUGUCAAUUUUAAGUCUAUGCAUGUCACUCACGGGGCAAUAGAAAGGGACUGACCCUACUUCAUUCCUGGAAUUGAAAGGUAUUUAAAAAUUUUUUAUUUAUUUUUUAAAUUUUUUUUUUUCAAGCUUAUUAUAUACGGUAAAGAAUCACGUUGUUGUGUGACUGUGGGUCAGGCAGUUGCAACCAAGUGCCUUCCUCAUUUCCAUAAUUGCUCCUUAUAAUAUUAUAGAACACUCAAAGCGCCAUUUUUCCUGCAGCACAAUCUAGUGGUUAUGGUGUCGGGAGUGCUCUGACGCCCCCUUCCCUCCAUUGUAAGUAGUCAAACCGUUUUAAAAUGGGGAUUUCCGAGCACCGCAGCCUCCUCUCGGUUAGCUAAUUGGCUAAGUGUUGUCAAUACUGGAUGUGCCCGUGCAGGAAUUUUGCCAUGAAUUGCAACUCUAACAUUGUGUAAUGAAUAUGUAGAUUUGAGUCAUUUCUGAAGGAUUUAGCUGGGCUAAAUUACUUGCAAUCCUACUGGACAAUGUGUGUUUAUAAAAUUAAAAAGUUUGAAAUACAAGUGAUGAAGAUUUUAGACUUGAUAAAGGGAAGAUCUGACUAAAGCUUUGUUGUUUUAUUCUUCCAAUAUUCUUGUGGUCCAAUAAAAAGAUACUACAGAUAUUAUCUUUGGUUUACACCUGAUGUCAUAAAUGACUUUAUCAGCAGUACUAUUCUGCAGGCCAAGGACACUUAAACUCUGUAUGUUUCUUCACAUGUUGCUGUCCUUUUAAAGAUUUUUACUGAAAUAAGAAUGAAAACAAAACCUGCUCAUGUUUAAGAGACUUACCAAACAGGUUCUUCUUAAAUAUCCAUAAAGUAGCUAGCUUAGCAAGUUCCACACAAAUCCGAGAUCUCUUAAGAGAAUGACACAAUAGUUCAUAUGUAGAGCUGUGGUUGUAGAGGGACUCACAGUUCUACUCCUAUUCCUUUAAACAUCUUUUGAAAAGUGUGCUUUUUAUACAUUUGUUAAAGACAUGAGCGAGGCUGAGAAGCAAGAAUUUUACAGGUAUGAAUAUCCACACACAGUAUCAAACUGAGAGGUAUAUGCCAUGUAGAGUUUUUGGAAGGAGGGUGGAAGCUGAUGUGUUUGACUGAGAAUUAUUCUUCAAGCAAUUCCAGAAUAAUCUGGAUGGAAUGUGACCACUGAAAUCAACCAAUGCUUAACGCUCAUCAGUAGAAUCUGUUCAACCAUUGGGUCGCAGGUUAGCAGCCCCAGUGGCGGACCCAGAGCCUGAUCACGGGAGGGGCACUUGUAGACUAUUUAAAUAAAUAAUCCAGGUAUAAUAACCACUACAGCUCAGUGUAGUAGUUAGGGUGCCAGUAGUGCCAGGAUCCCACCCCAGUGUAAGUAGUCAUACCGUUUAAGAACAGUUUGCCAACUUACCUGGGGUCUGCUGGGAUAUAGGGCAUAGGAGCAGUGGUGUGUGUUAGGGGUGAAGUGUGUGUGUGAGUGCGGCAGUGUAUGUCAGGGUUGCAGUGUGUGUAUAGGGGCACUGUAUGUGUUUUUUGGGGCAGUGUGUGUAUGGGGGGAACUGUGUGUGUGGGGCAGUGUGUGGGGGAACUGUGUGUGUGGGGCUGUGUGUGUGUGUAGGUGGCACUGUGUGUGGGGCAGUGUGUGUAUGGGGGGCACUCUGUGUAUCGUGGGGCAAUGUGUGUAUGGGGGCACUGUAUGUGUUUUUGGGGGGAACUGUAUGUCUGUGUGGGGCAGUGUGUGUAUGGGUGGGCAGUGUGUGUAUGGGGACAGUGUUUGUGGGGCAGUGUAUGUAGUGUUUGUAUGGGGGCAAAGUUUGUGGGGCAGUGUGUAUGGGGGGCAGUGUUUGUAUGGGGGGGGAAAGGAGGGUAGGUAGGCUUUUUAAUAAUAAAAAAAAUGUAUUUAAUAAAAUAUAUAUAUUUAUGUCCCCCCUCCCUUCUUACCUUCACUGGGAGGAGGGGGGAAUAUUUUUUUCAAUGGUGGUCCGGUGGGAUUCCCUGGUGGUCCGGUGGGGAAUCCCUGGUGGUCCCAGUGGUGGUGAGGUGAACUGUAGCCCGCAGCUCCAGGACUAGAGUUCACUCUCGUGAGAUUUGGAGCGUUGCCGAGGUAACCGCGGCAACGCUCCAAAUCUCGUGAGAGGAGGAUCCGGAGGAGCUGCAGGCUGAGCUCCCGGGUCCUCUCUCCUCCCUCUCCCUCCCCUGCCGGCUGUCAGCACGGUGCCUGCGGAUCGGGGAGGGAGAUCUCUGAUCUCCUUCCCCGGUCUGCAGGCACAUAGCAGGGCUGGCACUUGGACAAUGCCAGUCCUGCACUAGCCGGCAGGGGAGAAUCUCGGGGGAGGGGGGAAAUUGAAAAAAAUGAGCAAGCGAAAACAUCUGAGGGCCAUUGACAAAUGCGAAAUGGUAAUGGCUGGACAGCUGGGUCAGAGCAAAACGGCAAGUCUUGUGGGGUGUUCCCAGUAUGCAGUGGUUAGUAAAUACCUAACGCUGUGCAAGGAAGGACACUUAAUUUUAUGUCUUAUUAAUGUGAGUUAAGCUAUCUUCUUGUUUAUAUCUGUUUUGUAUUUGUGACGAGACCAAUCUUGCCAGAUUGCAUUGGAGGAGCCUGGUUAGCCGCCUGCUCCCUUUAGACUAUGGCCCGGACUUUUAAAAGACUUUAUUCUCCCUGCAGAGAGGCUUGUUCAUGCCUUUAUGCCAGGGCGUUCGGUAGAUCUACCGAACAAAAUACCGAAGGCGCGACCACCGGGAAGCUGGCGUGUGCCAUCAAUUGACCACCCAGUAGUUGCGGUUAACUGCAGCUUAAUUGACUGUUACUGGGUGGUCGCGGUUAUACAUAGCCGCCGCUAGGUGGCAGUGUUAUGGAGUUCCCCGGAUGGCCAGCGGUGCUCAGCCCGGAAUCAGUGCACUAAAACUGGACACUUUUACGUGCAGGCAUCGCUGAGCCUCCAGCCUUCCCUGCUUCUAUUCGUGGCUGUUUAGCUGAACGCUGGAUUGAUCGGGACUUUACUUCAGUGAAUCUUUUAACCCAGAUAGCUAUGCCAUGGAGCCUAUUCAUCCAAUUAAGACUUUGGCUCCAUGGCAAUUGAAUUGUGUGUGUAUAGGAUCUGAGCGCUAUUCGGUUGUUAUGUGCGCUCAGAUCCCAGCUAUCUGGGGAUAUGUGACAUGUAUGGAUUUUAUGUAUUAAAUGUAACACUGUAUGUUUUACUGUCUUUGUGUCCCCACGUGUAUAAUGGAGUUUUGCCUUUGUCCUGGGAGAUAAUUGGAUUACUUCCCAAUUAUCUCCAGGAUAGAGGGAGGGAAAUUAGGAUGCAUUGUGGGGAUGUUUUACUUCUGUGUGUCUGAAUGUGAUACAUGUCUGUCUGUGUUACAGUCUUCCAUCUGGUCCCCUAGGGGAGUGUCCACCAGGUGGGAGACCUGCAUAAAUACCGGGCAGGUAGCCCUCAAUAAACCAGAUCACUGCUUGACCCUCAACACAGAGCUUUGUUUCAUCUUUGGGGGGAUUUACUGUAUGCUGUUAGAGACUGAUUGCCAGGAGUGUAAGCCGCUUGGGUGCUUUUCCUGUUCGUCUGCUAGCAGCUAUUCGUGAAGUUCCAGUUCGGGAGUUUGGAGUGCUAUUUUGUAGGCAGUUCGGGAGUUUGGAGCAUUCCUUUGUAUCCAAUUUGGGAGUUUGGAGCAUUCCCUUGUAUCCAGUUCGGGAGUUUGGUGUUCUGCAGUAGCUGUGCCUGUGUCUCUGGAAGGGAAGAACUACUAAACGGCGGUUUAACCCUUUUAUGCCUGGGGGUGCCGUUACAAUUGGUGGCAAGUGGCGGGAUCGUUCCUACAGCCAGAAGGACAGCUACAGGAGACACCAUUACGUGGAUUUUACAAUUUGAGGGCAAUGCAUGUCCCAGUACAGUGACCCUGACAGCACCGGGAUGGAACCAGCAGUGGAGUACGAUGAGGGUGUCAUGGAUGACCUAGAUGCAGUCCGAAAAGGCAUCUGGUACCAGGCACGGGGAUUGCGGAGUACCAGCGGGGCGAGAGACUCCCCAAGCAAGACCAGUGAUUGCAGAAGCGACUAGCCCUGCGGAUGCCCUUCCUGGGAGAGCAGCCCCUGGAGGAAUGGGUGAAGGAAUUGGAGCUCCGAGUAUGACAGGAGAUGUGGCUUGAAGAUGCCUACCAGGCGCUCUGGUGGUAUGGGGCACAGUACCUGCCCUGGACAGCAGAGCAUGACAAGCCAGAGGGAGAGGAGUUUGAUGGUCCUGGCUUGUUAUGGGUGACUUUUUCAGAGCCUGAGUUUGGGAGCCCUACACAAGCCCGGUUCCAUAAUCUCUGAGUGGAGGGAGAGCAGGUAUGACUGGGACAACACUCACGAGAUUGAACAAGAUCUGGUCCACCUGGUGACCCGGGAGAUGGAGCUGGAACAGGGCUACCAGCAGCUGUUCCACUCCAGUGAGAAGGCUCAGCAGGAGAGCAGAGUGACAGACCCAGAGCCAGACCCAUUCAGCUGGGAUGAGAUAGUAGAGUUUUACUAGGAAGAACCCCACGUGGCCAGUGGAGAUGGGAUCAAGGUCUCUCCACCGGUCCUGCAGGGAAUUGGGAGCCCAGUCUCGAUUUCCCAGUGGCAGGCUGAGUUACAGGGGGCAGAGACAGUCUGUCCUGUCCCCCGGCAGCAGAGUGAAUUGCAGGGAUUUGGGAGCCCAGUCUCCAUUCCCCAGCGGCAGGCUGAGUUACAGGGGGCCAGAGACAGUUGGUCCUGUCCCCCAGCAGCAGUGUGUGUUACAGGGAAUUUGGAGCACAGUCUCCAUUCCCCAGAGGCAGGCUGCGUUACAGGGGGCAGAGACAGUCGGUCCUGUCCCCCAGCAACAGGGCUGUUUAGCCAAAGGGGAGACAGUCGGUCUCCCCCUACAGUAGCAGAGCUGUGCAUCCAAAGGGGAGACAGUCGGUCUCCCCCUCCAGCAACCAGACUCCAACCAGACUACUCCCGUGGUAGUGCUGGCACCAGAGCAGAGUACCGCUGGUCUCUGCCCACUCAGCAACCCACCAAGGCAGCCUACCAGUCCCCCACACAGCCGUGGUGAGGCACCUGAACAUGGACAAGUUUCUCCCUUACCCAGGUGUAGUAACCAGUUAUUGUGGGUGGCUGUAUUACUGUUUGUGCUUCGUGGGUGGGCUGCUGGACUAACCAGGGCACUGACCGGCAGGUGGUCAGAUACCCUGUUAGUCUGCCUGGAAAAGGGGAGAGAUGUGACGAGACCAAUCUCGCCACAUUGCAUUGGAGGAGCCUGGUUGCCCGACUGCUCCCUUUAGACUAUGGCCCGGACUUUUAAAAUACUUUAUUCUCCCUGCACAGAGGUUUGUUCAUGCCUUUCUGCCAGGGUGUUUGGUAGAUUUUAUCUACCGAACAAAAUACAGAAGGAGCGACCACCGGGAAACUGGCGUGUGCCUUCAAUUCACCUCCUGCCAUUCAUGUGGAUGUUACUUUGCCACCAACUACCUGCCUAGAGAUUGUUGCAGACCACAUACACCCCUUCAUGGCACUGGUGUUCCCUGGUGGCAGUGGCCUCUUUCAACUGGAUAAUGCACCCUGCCACACUGCAAAAAAUGUUCAGGAAGAGUUUGAAAAACAAAACCAAACAAAGAGUUCAAGGUGUUGCCCUGGCCUUCAAAUUCCACAGAUCUCAAUCCUUUUGAGCAUCUGUGGGAUGUGUUGAAACAACAAAUCCGAUCCAUGGAGUCCUUACCUCGCAACUUGCAGAACUUAUAGGAUCUGCUGCUAAUGUCUUGGUGCCAGACACCAUUGGACAUGUUCAGAGGUCUUGUAGAGUCCAUGCCUUGAUACAUCAGAGCUGUUUUGGCAGCAUGAGGGGGACCUACAGGAUAUUGGUCAGUUGGUUUUAAUGUUGUGGCUGAACAGUGUAUACAUGUGUCUUUAUUAUUAGCUACUAUAAUAACUUAUUAAAGUGGAUACAGCCAGAGUGCAGACCAAAAAAAUUAAAUAGCUGCUUCACUGUAGUAAAUAACAGCAAAAAGCUAAUUAACCAAAAGUUAAAAACUAGCAACAGUAAUGUGUUUCCACUCCAUUAAAGUAACUGAAAGUAAAUUAAAAUAAUGUCUCCAUAUAUGGAACCUGUGUAUACUCUGUGACACUGCAAAGUUUGCAGUGAAAUGAUGCGUGUAAAGAUAAAGCUGGCGGACUAUAGUGUUAUGGUGUUUGGAGUGUUACUAUGAAGAAUUGACCACUAGGGUAAAGCCAUGCACAUAAUAUAAAUGAUCAAUAAUAAUACUGAUUAUUCAUGGAUAUUAUGUGAUCACAUUAACACACUAAACAUUCAUGAGGCUCAUAUUUUAUACGCAUGUAGAAUUAUUUCAUGUUAGCAAACUUUUUUAUAAUUUUAAUAUUGUGUAUUUAUUUCAUUCAGGAUUGUGGGGCGUUGUGAAUAACGCUGGCAUAUCCACUUGGGGUUUGUCAGAAUGGAUGUCCAUUGACCAGUACAAAAAGCUAGUUGACGUGAAUUUGCUUGGAACCAUCAGGACUACAUUAGCAUUUACUCCACUUGUAAGAAAAAGCCAAGGUAAGGUCUGCAAAGUUUCAUUUAACGUGAUAUCAACCUUUGCUCUGUUUAUAUAUUUUGAAAACCCUCCCAUAGGGCUUGUUAGAUCCUGGGACCCAGAUCAAUAAACUUUCACAUAAUAAUACUCAUAGCAGCUAACUUUUUCUAUAACAUUUUUUUAUUUAUUAAAAUGAUACUACAGGCAUUAAAUUUACUUUAACUUUAUGAAGCAGGUGUGUAUAGAUUAUACACCUGCAGCCUCUCUGCUGAAUUAUAUAAAAAAAAAAAUUUUUUAAAGGGACACUCCAGACCCCGAAACACUUUAGGCAUGUCCUCUUCUUUUUAUUUUGCAAAAAGUGCAGAUUUCGAUAGAAUCUGACAUUUUUGUAAAGUUGGCAUAAUAAUCUAAUAACCACCAGGUUCAGAGAAGAGUUUUAUUGACCGAGCGAAGCAACUGUGAUCACAGUUAGCAAGCAGAGUCUGCCAGGGUCAUAAAAGCAAGGGUCUUUAUAUAUUAAAAAGAUUAACAAUGAUCCUUUAGAAUAUCUCGUAAAAUGGGCAUUGUUCAAAUAAUUCAAGUUUUAACUUUGAGCUAACAUUAAAAGUUACAAAAAUCUCUCAUGUAAAUCACACAACCGAUCCUGUUACUUCCUACUCAGUGGAACUAAACUCAAGACCACUUCUGGCUAUAAAUAAAAAUCAUUUUUUUAUUUUUUUGUGCCAAUGAUGGAACUCCACAUUACAAGCGGCACUAUCCGUACUUGCCUCUCUGCUAUUGUUUCACCUUCUCUAGGGACUACUUUGUCUUAUGUAUUUUUCCUACGCUUGAAAAUCUUGGCAAAGGAUGGAGCUUAAAUCCGCUUCAUUUCCUGUGUCGAAAGUCUUCCCACAACACUCGCUCUCUUCAGUGAUCAUGUGAUGCUUCGUGCUUCAUGUGCUGUGACCGAACGUCCUGUCAUUUAGACAGGGUGCCGGCAAGUUGACUGUCAUUGUUCAUUCGUGUUCGGAUGAUAUUUGUUAUUGUGUUCGGUUCUUGCCGCGGCUGCAUCUUGUAGUUGUUUAGCAGAUAGCUCCUUAAUACCCACAGUAUUAGGGCACUAUCUACUAAAAAGCUAAAAUACAGAAAUUGAUCUUUUAGCCAACUUUACUAAUACCAAGUAAAAAUUAGUUUAAAAUUAAUUUUGUUCUGAUUUACAGAGUACAGUAAAUGUCUAGGAUUUCAGUUUAUUUUGAAAGUUACAGGUCAGAAAAUACAAGGAGUAAAAUAAAAUUUGAAUGUGAAACAAUUUUAGAAGUUGGUAUGUUUGUCUAGUAAGCUUAAUAACCAUCACAGAAAACAAAUUGCCACACAAAAGUAUAUAUUUAUAUAAAGUAGAUAUAACAUGCUAUUUACCUAAAGGUAUUUAAGUACUUUUCACGUAGCCAUUUCACCACCAAGCUGCUAAAUAUUGUAGUAAAAUUUGUGUUUUUUUCUGUUUUUGACAUACAGACCUAUAAGAAGGUUGUGUUUUUUUUUUAAUGUGUAUUUCAUAAUGUUGACACGUGAUACUCCUGUACAAAACCCCAUAUAGCAGUUGCAUUUGCUGAGUACAACAAUAGCUCCCCUGUAUGCCUUUGCCAUUAUUCUGUGAAGCUACAACACCAUAUAAGAGACCAGGUUAUUCCAGUUUCUAUGGUUAUAAUUUUCAUAGAUUUGAUGGGCCUGUCUCAUUUUGGGACAUAUUUUCUCAGUUUGGCUAUUCAAAUAACCCCACAAAGAAAGCAGACACUCCAGAAACACAGAUGAAGAUUUUUUUUUUUUUUUUAAUGGGUAUGGGGGGGGAGGAGGGGGGAUUAAUUUUCACCUGUAACUCAAUUCUUCAGCACAGGUGUCUGUCGAAGAGUUAAUUGAUAGGUGAGAAAAAGACCUCUUGCUAGAUAGGUUUUUCUUCCAAUAUAUAUAUUUUAACACAAUAUACAGUGUUCUAGGUGCACGCUCCAGGACAAUAUAUAUUCAAAGUGAAAAGCACACUCGUAGAAUUUCAAAAUAAAAAAGAUAACUUUGUUUUACAGCUGUGCAACAGCAUACAUCCACCAUUUCAGUCCCAUUACCAAACUUUCCAUAAUAUCUCAAGGUAGUUGGACCGAAACAUGGAUUAUAUGCAAAUGCACGUCUCCUUAAAAGAAAAUCGCUCUGUCUGCUUAUUUUGAAGCCUUGUGAGUGCUUUCUUUCAUGUUAGAGUAAUAGUUUUCAAUUUUAAGUUAUCCUUUCAAUCUCUAUAUGUGCACACUAUGCUGGAGUAACGCAUUAUUGGGCGGAUAUAGAAUUUUUCCAGGGCUGCUUUUAGUUCCCAGUCCGACACUAUAGAUGCAUAACCGAGUAAAAAAGGAGCAAACGUAUAAAACUUAGUUUACAUUGAAGCGUGCCUACAGAGCUGUACAUUACAGCAAACAAUUCCACAGGUGCUGAUAAACAUACGAGAGUUUUAUAAACCCUAGUAGUUCACUAUUCCACUUACAAUCAAUCUAGAAAAGUGAUUGACAAUGCUGUAAUGAUAGUUGUGGCUCUCCAUCAAAUUCCUUGCAGGAAUAGCUUCACAUAUAAAAUUCCAUAAAGCCUCACGAUUUGCUGUGAAAACUCAGAAAAAAAUGCAUUUGCGUGUUUAACAAGAAGGUACAAUAUCGUAUCCGUAUACUAAUGUAUAAUACAUAUUGCAAAUGGAAGAUAAUUCCUCAACUCCUUUCUUCUACAUUGUGCUUCAUUAUAAUUAUUGUUCAAUUAUGUUUUGAUAUUACACAAGUUUAUGAGCUGUAGAUGGGGUUUCACAAAUUCUUCACUUUGAUUGUUUAUUUUUCUUUUUGUAGGGCGUAUGGUGUUUUUAUCAAGCAUCAGCGCCAUUAUGAGUUUAGGAAAUGGCAUCUAUUCGUUGACGAAGGCUGGCAUUGAAAAAUUCUGUGAUUCACUCCGGUUAGAAAUGAAAAGAUUUGGAGUCAAGGUAAAAUUUAUCCUUUUAUGCUUAUUUUUGGGAAACUGCUAGCAAACCGCUCUGCUUUAUAAGCAAUUAAUUUCAGGUUUUUGGGUGAAAUUCUUCUUUUCAAGAUUGGUAUUUGUGGCAGUCGAUUUAUUUUUCAUUCUUUAUUUUUGGGGUGCUUUCAAUACAUAAUAAACAAAAGGUGACCUUGGAUUUGACAUAAGCUGGGUACUGUAUAUUACGUGGAUACAACAAGGAUUUUGCACCAAUUUUCAUGUAAAGAAAGAAAAAGGUACAAACUGAGAUCAGACAGUAUCAACUAAGGAAGCACGUAUCAGCAGAUACAAUUAGCUGGAUUUAAUUAUCAAGUUAUAUCAGCCUGUAGGAUAUCAGCUAGGAACAAGUUGGUUACCGAUAACCCCAGGUCCCGAAACAGGUAGUGUGCUUCCGAGGGUUGGUAACAGGGGAGGCCUUGCAGUUUUUCUCCACUAGGAGCCAUCAGGAGCCCCAUUUGUAGAUUAUCUUAUGGUCUCUGAAGAUUUGGGUGACCGGUCAGAAAAACUGUCUCCAAAUAGUCAUAUGGCAGCCUUGGAAGGUUGUGGAAGUGGUGCCUCUGGUCGCCCCUGUUGUCUGAAUCCUUAAUAAACCUCAGUAAAACAUCCCUGUGUGCCAUUGGGGACUUUGUCAAAUGGAGGCAGUAAUCAAGGGUGACCUGUUUUGCGUAGACAGGAGGCUCCUGAUGAAGUGGGGCGGUUCCUCUGCAAUAACUACCUCAGAGACCCCCUUUAGCCGCACAUUUCUUGCCCUGGACCUAUCCUGCAAGAUAGCCAUGCGGUUAUUCAGAUCGGCAUUACUUUUCUGCAAGGUGUUGAGAACCGCGUCUGUGGCAGUCUGUGCCACCUUUUGUAGCGCCUAGAUUCUCUUUUGCUGAAACAAUUCAACCGAUGAGGCUGCCAUUGUGGGCACUGUUGUCUUUGAGAAUGUAGACAGUCUGAGGCAGGCUUUCCUCUUCCAUGGAAGCCGAAGUGUAGGCCCCCACAGGUGCCAUUUUGGCCAUCUCUGACCUAACCUGCUUGCGUAGUAACAUCCUGAUAUCUCAGGAUCCUGGGUCUGGAUCUGCCUGGUACUUUUUGGAUUUUUAUUUUUUUUCCCCCAUCGGUAUGGAGGGGAAGGUAACCAAAACCAGGCAUGUAGGCAUGCAGUAAGGGGCAGGUAAGCACUAUUUUCAACUUGUAGAGCCAGAGCUUAUGCAGUGUGCGUCCGACUAGAUCGGGCAUAACAUAAAUAUGUUAUGCCAGCUGAAUGGCAAUUGUUUUAGAUUUCCAGAUGUAAUAAAAUCGAUGGGUUUUUUUUUUUUUUUAAUUUUUUUUUAACGAAAGAGAGGGUUUCAGCAUAGUACUUACUCAUACAAUAUCUGUGCAGCUACCCCUUGCUGUCCUGGAAACUGGAUUUGGGGUAAUAUCUGCAAAUCUACAUAUUUGGUAGUGGGUCAGCUGUCGUGAUGUACAGAUAAAAUUAAAUUAUUUGCAGAUUAUAAUUGGAAAACUUAAAAUUUAGAAAAAUAAAGAAACAUUACAUGCAUUUACAUAUGACUCACAUUACAAUAAACUCCUUUAUUUGUGUUGAACAAAUAUGAGUGAAUAUAAUUUGCACAAAUCAGUAAAUAACCAGCAGAUCAGUAUAUAACCAAUAGAUUUAUGCUUAUCUUCUAAACGUCAUCCAUGUAGCCAAACUCUGACUAUCCUGUAACUGUAUCAAAACUCUGAAAGCUCUGUGGGAGAUACUGAUAAAGGGGGAAAAAACAGCCAGGAAGGAAAAAGACGGUUGGAUGCCAGAUGAUGCUUAGUGCCGGUGUCUGUACUUUCUACAAUAUUCUAAGUCAUGGCAACAGUUCAUAACAACUGUUUGUCAUUAAACAGGAGAAACUACCUAAUCAAGUUGUGACUAUGGCUCAGUUUCAAAAUUGUUCCGGAUCAGCUGCCAUUGCCUCUAUUUUGCCGUUCAGGCUUACAAAGAAGUUAAAGGACCACUCUAGGCACCCAGACCACUUCAGCUUAAUGAAGUGGUCUGGAUGCCAGGUCCUUCUAGGGUUAACCCAUUUUUUCAUAAUUAUAGCAGUUUCAGAGAAACUGCUAUAAUUAUGAAUGGGUUAAGCCUUCCCCCAAAGCCUCUAGUGGCUGUCUCAUUGACAGCCACUGGAGGCGCUUGCGUGCUUCUCACUGUGAAAAUUACAGUGAGAGCACGCCAGCGUCCAUAGGAAAGCAUUGUAAAUGCUUUCCUAUGAGACCGGCUGAAUGCGCGCGCAGCUCUUGCCGCGCGUGCGCAUUCAGCCGGCGGGGCGUAACGGAGGCGGAGAGGAGGAGGAGAGCUCUCCGCCCAGCGCUGGAAAAAGGUAAGUUUAAACACCUUUCCUCUCCCCAGAGCCAGGCGGGAGGGGGACCCUGAGGGUGGGGGCACCCUCAGGGCACUAUAGUGCCAGGAAAACGAGUAUGUUUUCCUGGCACUAUAGUGGUCCUUUAAUUGAAUAACCCUGUCAGCCUCUAUAGUAUUUGAAAAUACCAUAUUCUAUAUGAUCAUACAUAUAUUUUUAAUUCCAUUGAUCUGCAUGUUUGAAAAUGUUCUCUGUGCACUGCAUUGAGCCAGGAACCUCAGUGGGUAAUCAUAUGGAGGUAUAGUGCAUAGGGAAAGGUAUAUUUAUUUUUAAUAAUCUCCUACAAUCUACCUAACGAAUUAGAAGUCUAUUUUUUCAGAUGCUUCCUGUACAUAGAACAUGAUUAGCUGCACUUCCCUGAUGAGAUAAUAAAAUCAAUUGUUAGAUGUUACUAUGCCUUCCAUGCAGUGGGCAUUUUGGUUCUGGUCUGCCUUGUCAGAAAGAUCAGCCUGAUAUGCUAAAGGUAUAGGAUCGCAGUGUGAUGGCACAUAAUUGUGUGACACUUACAAUAAAUAGGCAUGUCUCAAAUUCCCUUUGGCUGCCACGUAUUUUUUUUUUUGUUCGUUUUGUUUUAAAAAUUAUGCUUUAUUUGUAAAGUUAUACAUAAGGAAAACCUGCAGAUUGACCAAAACUGACAAACUGUGAUCUUUGUCAACGUUGCCAUUGGCCGUCUUCAUCUAUACUCCCCUCUCUCCAGUGUCGUGUCACUUCUGGAAACGUCAUGUCACAGGUUCUCCGUGUUGACUCUCAACAUUGCGGGAGUCAACAAUGAGGUCAGUGGAAGCUGCCUUGUAUUGAGCAUCCGUGUGAUUUAGAAACUUUAAGAUGGCUAUGCCGAGAAAGAAGACCAGGUGGGACAGGAAAAACUUAAAAAAUGGUUAGUUGCAUCAGUCCUGUUAUCGGCAAAGGUUGGGGGAAGGGUCCCGGCCACUAGGGAAAGGUAGUCAAGGGAUCAAUAAAAUGAUGAAGAUGCUUUAAUUAAAUGAAGUUUGGUCAUACAUGCUGCCCCUACAGCCUUGGUGACAUGGAGAAAAAGCACAGUUAAUAUUUUGUCCCAUGGACACUGUAUAUUUGGGAAGAGUAGGCAACCACCUUCUGGUUAAGCUGGAUACCUAGGGCCUGGUAUCACCAUCGUGACCUUUUCCAACCCAGAUCUUCUGCCUCUAAUAUAUUAUUUACAAUUAAUGCCCUUAUAAAAAAAAAAAAAAGCAAUCACUGUAAUUUAUUUAUUUAUUUUUCUUUUUUUUUCCUUUUUUCCUUUUUUUUUUUUGUCAGGUCAGCAUUAUUCAACCCGGAAAUUACGCAAGGGCCACAAAUAUCCAACCGCAGAGGACUGCAGAAGAGGUUUGGAAUUCCAUCCCUGCACACGCUAAAGAUGUUUAUGACAUGGGAUUUGUGAAGAAAAUGACCGACUUUAUUAAUAGAGAAGUUCUCAAGGGAAGCGAUAAGGGUUAUGAGAUCAUAGAUGCCAUUGUAGACGCUCUUACAUCAGAUAAACCAAAGAUCCGAUAUUUGGAGGCAAGCCUACAGGAAAAGAUAGCAGUGUUCUUGUACUUCUAUUUACCAACCUCUUUUGUAGACGCAAUUCUGGCUAAAUCUAUCAAAUAGUGACUGGUGCUUAGUACACGUGUUUUUGUAUCUUUAUUUACCAAUGUCAGUUAUCUUACAAUGUAUCAGUUUUAAUGAAUCAGACACGCGUUUAGAGAUCGGGGCAGUCAGUGUUAUUCACUAGAGUGCAAGCUUUCUGGAAUUCUACAUUUUAAAACUGUUGACCAAGUUUGAAAAUUUUGUUUUCAAGUUCAGCUAAUUUAGAUGACAAUUUCCUGACAGUUAACACAUUUAUGUAAAACCCUAAUUGUUUUUUUUUUUCCAGUCAUAAUUCAUGCAUGUUUUUAACAUUUAUAAAGUAUGAAAAAUUAAACUAAACUUAAAAAUUGACUCUUUAUUCUGCAAACGGGUGUCUUGGCGUGAACAAAAAAUAAAUAAAUUGAACUCCCACCCUGUAGAUAGUACAAAUAAAUUACUAAAAGGUAAGCUAAAAGUAUGUGGUCCCUUUCAAUAACUGGUGAUAUAAUGAUUGUGAUGAACUCCGUAUUUCUCAGCUUCUAGGAACAGUUUCCUCUAGUUCGUUUUUUCUCUGUUCAAUAUUUGUAACCUACCGAACACUGACCACUCCCCUGCCUCGUUAACUACAAAGUAACCACAAACUUAAGUGCUCUCUCUGUGUGGCCACCGUUUGUAUAACCGAACAACGCAUGCUCUAGAAAAUGGCGGCCAUCUUGUCUCCCGAACGCAGGCAGCGGCACUUGUUCGUCGAUCGUGUGGAACUCAAAGUAGGAAACCUCAACAAGUGAAUCUCAGUGACUUUGUACUGACGCCUGCUUCCAUUCCCGACAAGGCAGGAGAACGCAGUUAGGUGGAAAUGUUCGCACAAACUAGGGGAACAUUCGCUACCACGAAAGGUGACCAGCCAAAGCACCAAACGCUCUGGAGCUGUUUUGGGCAUGGGACCACGUGUGCGGCUGGUCAAUACUUUACCCCGGUGGUGAUUUGACUAGUAGUCUGAGCGCUAUUUGGACAACGUGGGCACUCCGACCCAGGCUAUCCAGGGAUAUAAUGCUUGUGUGGGGUUCCCAUCGAUAUUAUGUGUAUUUUGGGGUGUUUUUUUGUAAUAUUUCGUAAGCUCUAGUGCCUGGGAGAUAAGUGAGCUUGCUUUUGCUUAAACUAAUUAUCUCCCAGAUACAGAGGCGCCUGGGGGGGAGCUUACUGUACAAAUGAAUGGAGACCCCAUGCUGGGGGUCUGUGUAUAUAAACUAGAGAUGUGCAUGGAAAAAAUAUUUGGUUCGGCAUUCCGAAAUUCGGCACUUCAGAACUUUGGGACUUUAGCACUUUGGCACUUGGGGUAAGUGUAGGAUUAGGGUUGGUUUAAGGGUAGAGGUAGGCUUAGAGGUAGUGUUAGGGUUGGGUUGGUUUAGGGGUAGGGUUAGAGGUAGUGUUAGGGUAGGGUUGGUUUAGACGUAGGGGUAGUGUUAGGGUUAGGGUUGAGUUAUGAGCAGGGUAAGGAAUAGGGUUAGGGGUACGGUUAGGAAUAGGGUUAGGGUUACCUUAUCCUAACCUCCUGUUUUGCCACUUUUCAGAAAUCCAAAGCACUUCAGCACUUCCGAACUUUGGUUCGGUUCAGCAUUCGGAAAUUCGGCGGUUCGGUUAGGGUAGGGAUAGUGGUUGGGUUAGGGUUGGUUUAGGAGUCGGGUUAGAGGUAGGGCUAGUUUUAAGGUUAGGGGUAGGAUUGAGUUAGGAGCAGGGUUAGGGUAGGGUUAGGGGGCAAGGUUAGGGUUAGCAUAGGGUUAGGGUUACCCUACCCUAACCCUACCCUAACCUCCUGUUUUGCCACUUUUCAUAAAUCCGAAGUAAUUUGGUUUGGCAUUCCGAAAUUCGGCACUUCGGAUAUUCGUCCGAAUUUGCAUUCGGAACAAAACAAAUUGCGCAUGUCUAAUAUAAACAUCUUGUACACUUCAUCAAAUCUUGGCUGAUUUUUGGGUAUACCAGAGUUAUAAUCACUGCUUCAUUUCGGGAUCUGGAAGACUCUUCAACGGAUAUACUCAGUCUGAGUAUAGGGGCUCCGUUACACUAACAAACAGCUCUAACAAUCUAAAAUAACUCUCCCCUCUGAAUUUCUUUAUUGAAGAGAAAUAAUAACAGUGUAGCUAGCUUAAUAAAAUGUAGUGAAGAAUUGAUAACCCCUUACUGACAAGAUAUCAGAGUUUUGUACACACCCACUGCUUUCUAACAGAUAACUAGCAUAAUACUAAAUGUAGUCUUCUAUACAGACAGAUACAUUGUCCGUAUUUAGGAUAGAGGGCAAAGAGCUUUGGCUUGUAAUAACUCUAGCAAGUGUAACUAAAGUUGAAAGCUUAGUGUGCUAUAACAAAUAAAUGAUGUUAAAUAGUCAUCUAUAACAAAUAAAAUGGC